CUUUCUUUCUCAGUCAUGGCUACCCAUCAUAGUUUCCCAGUGUUGAAUCAACAAUUUAUUGUUGACAAGAAAUAUAGCUUCAUCAGAGAGUUAGGUCAAGGGGCAUAUGGAGUUGUAUGUGCUGCAACCAAUACUCAAACCAAUGAGCAAGUCGCAAUAAAAAAGGUCACCAAGAUCUUCGAAAAGCAAAUUCUAGCCAAGCGAGCUCUGCGUGAAGUCAAACUUCUCAAGCACUUUAAUGGCCAUGAAAAUAUCACUGCCAUUCUGGACAUGGAUAUUCAUAACGUCCAUGAUUUCAACGAAAUCUACUUGGUGCAAGAAUUAAUGGAAGCAGAUUUGCAUCAAAUUAUUCGAUCGGAGCAGUUGCUAACUGACGCCCACUUUCAAUACUUUGUCUACCAAAUUUGCCGUGGUUUGAAAUAUAUCCAUAGUGCAAAUGUACUUCAUCGAGAUCUAAAGCCCGGAAACUUGCUGGUCAACGCGGAUUGUGAAUUAAAAAUUUGCGACUUUGGACUGGCCCGUGGCUUCUCAGACUCGCCUGACAGUAACCAAGGCUUUAUGACCGAAUACGUUGCAACAAGAUGGUAUCGCGCUCCUGAAAUUAUGCUUAGUUUCCAAAACUAUACAAAAGCUAUCGAUAUGUGGUCCGUUGGUUGUAUCUUUGCUGAAAUGCUUGGUGGCAAGCCCCUUUUCAAAGGUCGCGACUAUGUUGACCAGUUGAAUCAGAUCUUGGGCAUUCUCGGUACACCAGAUGAAGCAACACUUCGACGAGUAGGAAGCGAAAGGGCACAAGUGUAUAUUCGCAGCCUUCCACCUAUGCCUCGAAUUCCCUUUGAAAAGUUAUACCCAAAAGCAAACCCACUUGCAAUUGACUUGCUCAACAAGCUAUUGUGUUUCGAUCCUGCCCUCAGAAUCACAGUUGAAGAAGCAUUGGCUCAUCCUUACCUCUCAGCUUAUCAUGACGAAGACGAUGAACCAGUUCACCAUCAGCAUUUUGAUUUCUCAUUCGAAUCUGUGGAGGCUAUGGAUGAUAUGAAGAAACUCAUCGCACAGGAAGUGAUGUCUUUCAAGGCGAGUAAGCAAGCCAUGCUUCAACCACAGCUUAGCCCUGGUGCCAACUUGAGACGUAAAGACAGGCAAGUGUUAGGAUUUUCAUACAAAAAAAACUUUGUUUGCCAAUUAUAUAGUAACGCGCAUAACUGCUUUAGCUUGUCAGCACAGGAUAGAGAGGCAUUAGAGAAAACGAAACAAGCUGCCGCCGCCCAAGGCAAAUCUACCGAUCACCAAUAUCAUCACAGCCAAGGAGUGGCUGCCACUGCUGGCGGAAACAUUCAACCCCCGGACAAUAUGCCAAUGGAGGUGGAUGAAUUAGAACGAGAACUUAGCGGACAAACUCGAAUUUGAACACAUCAACCUUUGUAAUAAACAGACAUAAAAUAUAUAUGAAGAUUGUGUAU